UCUGCUGCUCUUGAAUAUCUGUUGCUUCCAUUUUUCAACUUGUGGGAAAGUGCUGGUGUGCCCUAUGGAGAAUAGUCAUUGGAUUAAUUUAAAGACCAUCUUGGAUGAACUCACACAGAGGGGACAUGUGGUGACUGUGUUGGUACCUUCUAUUACACUUCUCAUUGAACCCACAACAUCUUCAGGGCUUCACUUUGAGGUUUUUCCUGCACCAUAUAUCGAAGAGGAAAUAAAAAACUUUGUUGAAAUGCAUUUGAAGGAUUUGAUUUAUAUGAUACCAAGUAUGCCAUACUGGAAAUCAAUGAUAAAACUUCAUGAACAGAAAAGCUUUCUUAAUCAGUUUUUGAAAUUAAUUUGUGAGAGUGCAGUGUUUAACCAGGAGCUCAUGCAGAAGCUCCAAGACACUGGUUAUGACUUGCUGAUCUCAGAUGCUCUGUUUCCUUGUGGGGGUCUGAUAGCUGAGAAGCUUGAACUUCCUUUUGUGCACAGUCACCGGUUCAGCUUGGGAAACAAUUUGGAGAAAUAUUGCGCAAGACUUCCACUUCCACUUUCCUAUGUACCUAUUCCCCUAGGAAGACUGACACACAAGAUGACUUUUAUGGAGAGGGUGAAGAAUACGAUGCUUUCCUUUCUCUUUGAUUUUGGGUUCCAGUCAUUAGACAAAAUAUGGGACCAGCUUUUCACUGAAGUAUUAGAUUUCAUGAAUACAAGAAACCAGUCAAAGCCAAGAAAUCAAUGAAGAAAUGAAAGUGAUUAAGAACUGAAAAAAGUCCAUUACAUC